AGAAAAAGAACUCUUCAAGAAAAAGAAAAAAAAGACUAACCAAAUAAAUAAAAAAAAUAAUUAAGUCAAAUACAAUAAAUCAUAAAACAGCAUCGGAGAGAGCAAAAUGCAGAUCCGCUAAAACCAGAAUUUCUGAUUUGUGGUAAUAUCGUACAAAAGUUUUACCUAUGCCAAUCUCCAUCAAAGCGACCACCAGCAGCAGCAGCGAACUUAAAUCGUUAAACCCUUUAAUCCCCAAAUUCCCUCGAAACUCACCACCCUCUUCUCCCUCCUUCCUAAAUCUCCGUUUGUCUAAACCCAGUUCCUCUACCACUACCGUCGCCGCCAUGAGAGGCCUCAUCUCUAGCGCUAAACUCUUUACCACCACUAGGACCAGAAUUCCCAUGUUGUCAAACCCUUCAAUUAGGAACACGCGGGCGUACGGCCUGGUCCCGAUGGUGAUAGAGCACUCGUCUCGAGGAGAGAGAGCGUAUGAUAUCUUCUCUAGGCUUCUAAAAGAGCGAAUUGUGUGCAUCAAUGGUCCAAUCAACGACGACACUGCCCAUGUAGUUGUGGCUCAGCUCCUUUUCCUCGAGUCUGAGAACCCUUCUAAGCCCAUCCAUAUGUAUCUCAACUCCCCUGGUGGCCAAGUCACUGCUGGUCUUGCUAUUUAUGAUACAAUGCAGUAUAUAAGGUCUCCAAUCAAUACCAUUUGUUUAGGCCAAGCUGCAUCCAUGGCUUCUCUCCUUUUGGCUGCAGGUGCCAAGGGUGAGCGCAAGUCGCUUCCUAAUGCAACAAUCAUGAUUCAUCAGCCAUCAGGUGGUUACAGUGGGCAGGCAAAAGAUAUGACCAUUCACACGAAGCAGAUAGUUCGAGUUUGGGAUUCAUUGAAUCAGUUGUACUCGAAGCAUACUGGGCAGUCAGUAGAUGUGAUUCAGAAGAAUAUGGAUAGAGAUUACUUCAUGACCCCGGAAGAGGCCAAGGAGUUCGGUAUAAUUGAUGAGGUGAUUGAUCAGAGACCAAUGACUCUGGUGGCUGAUGCAGUUGGCAGUGAAGGUAAAGAUAAGGGUACAGAUUAGGAAGAUAAGGGUAAGAUUUAGGGGAAGCUUUUCAUGUUUUUGAAUUUUGCAUCUGCUUUUCUUUUGAUUUAUCAAUGAUUAAAUUUCCGGAUUUAGUUGAUUCUCAAAAUAUGUUAUUCUGUUUGGUUGUUUAAUUCGAGAUAAUCUUGUUCAUUGAGUCGUCA